AUGAUUCAAGAUAUGGUGCCCCAUGCAAGGAGGAUUGGUAGGUUAGUCUACCGGAGGCCAUAUCCAGAGCACUUUGAUCAAGAGGAAUUUCCAAGGGGUUUCAAGGUUCUGAAUUUUGCACUAUCUUCGAGAGAUGGGUUCCAAUCGACCGUCGAACAUAUUGGCCGAUUCACUACCCAAUGUGCAGAGAUUGGGCAUCGUGAGGCCUUGAAACUAAGGUUAUCCCCAAGUACACUCAUGGGGGCAGCUUUCUCGUGGUAUGUCAAACUUCCACAAAACUCCGUCCCAAAUUGGCAAGUCAUGGAGCAAAUUUUCCACAAGCAAUUCUAUCGGCUGGAGCUAGAAGUCUUAAUGGCCGACUUGGCGAAGAUAAGCCAGAAGCCAAAUGAGUCGGUCCAAGAAUACUUGGGGCGAUUUAGAGAAGCAAGGGCUAGGUGCACGGUGGACCGAUACGAAGCCCUUCUGAAGGAUGAACAACAAAAGGGGUGGCCGGUACCUCAGCCAACCUUUUGUAGGGAUUUGACCAAACCUUCUGGGCCUAAAACUACGGCGGUACAUGCGGUGGACUUUGAAGAUAUAGAAGCGGAAGAAAGGGAUAAUGAGGUUUUCCUAAAAGAGGAAGAAAAGUCGGUAGAGGUAAACUUAGCCGAGAUUGUGGCCAAAGGGCCAUAUGUGUGCAAGGCUUUGUCUAAAACCUUCAAGGAUCAAAGGCUGAUGACGGCCCAAAUUUCCAAGUGGAACUUGGCAGUCGAAAAUCGAAGCUUUAUUGACGCUGAGCUGCGUUGGAGGAUGUGGUCGAGAUUUAGGAGCCGUCGGGAUUUGAGCGGCUGA